AGAAGGCUGUGUCUCUAUAGCUCGUUGGACACGGGUGGGGGUGGCGGCAUUCUUCCGGCCGGGCUUAGGUGGUAGCUGUGGACGCUGAAGGACACCCGCUGCGGAAUUUGUGACUUUGGCAAAGGUUGAGAUCAUGGCAGGCCCAGAAAGUGAUGCCCAAUUCCAGUUCACUGGUAUUAAAAAGUAUUUCAACUCUUACACUCUCACAGGUAGAAUGAAUUGUGUACUGGCCACUUACGGAGGCAUUGCUUUGAUGAUCUUAUACUUCAAAUUAAGGUCUAAAAAAACUCCAGCUGUGAAAGCAACAUAAAUGGAUUCUGAAAUGCCUGAUCUCAUCUGUUAAGUACCCCAUAUUUGGAGAAGCUAAUAUCAACUCAUCAUCUAAUACUCAAUUUGUACAAUAAAUUAUGAACCUGGAA